CAACCGUUGGAGCCACGUGUAAGAAAGCCUUUGACUGGCUGCGAUGGGAGGGUCUCCGAAAAUAGAGACCGUUUGAAAUGGUAUGGGGGGCAAAGGAAAAUUCAACGCCUACCAGAAGAGCUUUGGGAAAGGCUCUCCGAAAGGCGGCUACAAGGGCUGGGACACGUCUUCGCAGGGUGAGUGGGUUCCUCCCUCGCGAACCGAUGAGAGCGAGACUCUGCCACUUUCGCGGGUGUUGCACGUGCCGCCGGCCCAUGUCGACGACAAACCCAACGAGGCUUUGCAAGACGAGGUGCGUCCCUUCUUCCGUGGACAUCACCUCUGUGCCGCAGGAGAGCUCUACUUUGAGGUCGCGGAGGUGAAGGGCAGCUGUUGCUUGGACUUGACCGUUCCGGCGCCCACCCGCGUGAGCCGUGGGGACUUUGACGACCAGAUCCCCGUGACGUUGGGGGAGCAGAGGUUCGACUCGUCGCAGGCCCUCCACCAUCACAUUUGCUUGAUGCGUGACUCCUACUUGAAAGAGGCGGCAGCUGUUGACUAUCAACCACAACGCCUGAGACCUGUGGACGAGCGAGUGAUGCGGGAACUUUUCCAGUACCACCCGCGCGCUGCCGAGAAGAUGAAGGGCGUGAAGUACAUCCAAGUGGGGCCCAAUCCCCACUCCUUCGAUCGAGGAAAUUUCACCUUCUGGGUGAUGCGGAAUGAGCAGGAUGGGGACGAUAUCAGCUACGUGAAGUGCCUUCGUUCGCUCUCAGAAACCGCCAGCCGCACGAAGACGGAACACCUCUUACCUUUGGCCACGGUGCUGCUGAACGCGCCGUGCGAGGGCAGCACGGCCGGUGCGGCCGGCGCGGCUGGUGCUGAGACGCCAGGGCUGCGCGUGAAGCUUGCGUAUGAGGAGAUGGUCUUGGAGGAAGCGAGGGUCGAAGCGUUGGGCGUGCGUGUGGACUUGGAGCGGAGGUUCCUCUUCCUGCACUCCAAAUGGCAGAUCUAUGGACCCUACCUUCUAGGCCACACCAGCAAGUCACACCUUCCCUUGAAGAUCGUGGCCGACGUCGCCGGCUCCGCCCGCCUCUCGUGGGCGGCGCCCUUUCAUUUGCACCAGGCUUCCAUAAGGCUUCCGGAGAAGGGCACCAGCGAGGAGAAAAAGAAGUCCAAUCUGAAGCAAGGCCUCGAGGCCUUGAUGAAGAAUGCUGAGGUGCCGGGAGAUCUUUCCACGCUGCCCGCGGAGGAGGUCCAUCGCAUCGCCUGCCAGGUCUUGGUGGAGAGUUUGCGGCGCGCCACGCGGCUGCAACGGUCGCGGCGUGCGGCUCAGCAGCAGGGCCGGGGUCUUGAGAUCCUUGCGAGGAACCAGGCGCAAGAGUUGAUGCAAGAGCAGCUGCAGCAGGUGCAGGCGGAGCUGCAAAACUCGAGGAAGGACAGGGAAAACCUGGAGGCGGCCAACGAGAAGCUUUCGGAGGAGUUGGCGCAGCUGCGGCGUCAGGUGGAGCCACCGGACACCGGUGCAGCGUGUGACGCGCAGAUGGACGCUCAGCGUGGUGAGGAGGAUGCUUCAAGGAUCUUGAACGUCUACAAGCAGCAGUCAGGCUCAGCUCGACCAGUGGAGGAGUUGCAGCAGCUGAGCCGCCGCUUACGCUCCGCGCUGCCGAGCCAUGCUGCCAGCAUGCUGAGGAACUCUCUGAAACUCAUGUCCAGUGAGAUGUACAGCGGCCCCAGCCGUGCCUUCUGGGAGUUGCUUCAGAACGCAGAUGACUGCAGCUAUGGAAGUGCUCCAGCGCUCAAGGUCGCGCAUGCGGCCGAGUAUCUGUGGUUGGAAUACAACGAGGUGGGCUUCUCAUUUCAAGAUGUGGAGGCCCUUUGCAGCCUGGGCACCUCCACAAAAGGCAUGGGCCUCAACCAGACCGGGUACAAAGGCAUUGGUUUCAAAGCCUCUUUCGUGCUCUCGAAGAAACCCCAUGUGCUCUCCACCUACCAGUUCUUCUUCGAUGAAGAUGACGACUGUGCUCUUCCUCAGGUGACGCCUCAGCUUCUGGAGAGUGGCGCUGGGCUUCCCCGCGCCCCACCCAUGGAGGGCACGGCCAUCUAUUUGCCCUUCCGGAAGGCCUUUCCAGAUCUCCUCACUGACCUCAUGCCCUCGACCUUGCUUUUCCUUCGGCGGCUGCAGAGCAUCACUGUGGAGAGUGAGAAAGCGGGCAAGUUCAGUUACCAGCUCCAGUGCCCAGGGAGUGAUCGACGGGAGGGGCUUCAGCGUGUCAUCAUCACUGGAGCUGAGGGGCAAGAGGUGGAGACGCAAGAUUUCUACGUGUCUCAACUCCCCACGAACGGUGACGUCUCAAUCGCCUUCCCGAUGACUGGGUCGGCCUUGACCUCUGCCGUGGUCUCCGCCACCUUGCCGCUUGGGAGCCUUGUGGGGCUACGGACCCCUUUGAAUGCGCCCUUCCAGCUGACCGCCAACCGAGAGGCCUUGCAGGAAGGCAGCUCGAAGAAUGCAGCGCUCAGGGAUUCGCUGGCUGAGCUUUGGCUGAAGACGGUCGAGCGCUCGGAAGCUCUGGCCACGCGCGCCUGGCUACUGCAGCCUGGAGCUGAACUGGGGCAACAGCGCUUCUGGGCCCCCUUCCUCCAGCGGGUUGCUGCGGGUCUGCGCGAACUGCCCCUGGUCCCCGUGCGCGGCCGGGUCUGCAGCAAUGGCGGCCCGCUGCGCUUGCCGAUGAGCCGGUGCCGGAAGCCGGAGUCACCCCUGCUGGCCCAGCUCGGCCUCGAAGCCGAUCUGGAGCUGCUGGGCUUGGGCAUCCCCAGCGAGGAGUACAUGGCCCAGCUCCCCCCAGGUGCCAACCCAGGGUUGGAAGAGUUCAACAGCAAGGACUUGCUGCAGCUACUCCAAAAGAGGUGCUUCGAGGAGCGAGGGGAGACCUGGAGGAAGACUGUGGUGCGUGCGUUGGCGAAGCGCUCGGCCGAGCUGGACCUCUGCGAGCUCCGACGGGCGCCGCUCUUCGUGCUCACCGAGCGAGAGGAGGUCGAGGGUGAAGCGGCUGGUGCGGCAAAGACGAAGGGAAGAGCGUGGCGCCCAUGCGGGGAUGGGCACAUCUUCUCCUCGGUGCCGAAGACGGCGCCGCCUGGCUUGCUGAAAGUCUUGGAUCCCAGCUAUGCGUGCCCCGCUGACAAGGAGCUCCUCAAGCUCAUGGGCUGCGGGGUGAAGGCAACGCCCAGGGACGUGGCCUAUGCCAUCGUGCAAGAGGCCUUGGGCCUCACAGUGGCCGAUGAUGAGCGCUUCUCUUGGACCAAUUUGGCCUACCUGGGACGCCACUGGGAUGCCAUCCUCACCAGCACUGCGGCUGAUGCCUGGCUCUCGCAGCAGACUCCUGAGCAGAUGGAAGAGCUUCUACGAAGCCUCCUGGUACCGGAGUCGACCGGCUCCGUGCUCCUCGAUGCGCGCGAGCUCUGCUGCCCAUACGUCAUAGGCUGCAAGCCACAGCUGGGUGAGUCCUUUCCCCGUGGCCGACUGGUGCGCGAACCGCCUAGCGGCGCGUCCUCGGUGCAGCAACGGCUGUGGUGGGAGUUGGUCUUCAUGCGCCUAGGGGUGAAGACCCUCCCCAAGGAGCUGGUCACGGUCUGCCUGCCGAAGAAGCUCUUCAACUUUCCAAAGGCAGAGGUCUGCGGCGACCUCAAAGCCUUGUUGGACUUUUACGAGCGAAAUGGUGGGCUGGAGUGGCUUCGCACCUGCUGUCAGAUCGAAGACCACACAGGGCAUACUCGGAGUGCCAGUGAGGAUCAGACCAGGAGAUUGUUGGGGCCGGCCUUCCUAAACCUGCUUGGGCGUGAGUACGUCGUGGACAUUGGCAAGGCGGCGCAAGACUUAGCGGAGCGUCUUCUGGGGGUGGCCUUGGUCCCCGCGCCCGAGCUGAUCCUCGUGCGGCUGCAGCAAGCAGCUGCAAACUCCAAGACCUACCUGGCUGCGCUGAAGUACUUGGCUGAGGAGUGGCAAGAGCAGCGGAUCUCAACGCAGCGGGUGAUGGAUGAAUUGAAGAGAGGUCUGUGGUUGCACUCGGAGGAGGGUGGAGGAAAGGCAAUCUUGAAGCAGCUUGAGAUGGCCUCCUGGCAGGACAUUGAGAUCUUAAUCCCUCCGUGGACAAAGAAGAAGCAUCGCCAGGAGGUGAAGGACUUCAUGGUCAAAGGCCUGGGACUUCCAGAAGCUGCCGAAAGUCAGAAACCGGUGCAGCUUACCCCAGAGGUGGCAAAGGACACUUCCAUGCUGGAAGCUGAUGAGGCGGUGCCAUCCCAAGAGCCCCAGUGGGCUGCGCAGCAAGGCGGGCCUUCCGCCUGGAACACGCCGGGCGUGCGUGCCAAGAGCACGCCAGGGCCGCCAAGUGGCCUGCCAGCCAUCGGCGCAGAAGGCAAGAGGCCGUUGGAGGGCGGCGACGAGCCUCGCAUGAAGGUAAUGAAGGUGAAGCGGGAAAUGCAGGACACGGCAGCCUCCACAUCGGCGCUCCCUUCGCUGCCCCUGCUGCGGGAGCAGAUGGAGGAGCAGGAUGCCGACGCAUCGGAAGCUGUUCCGCCGCCGCGGACUGCCGCUGCGGCCGGGGCGGCUGGCGCGCCGGUGCACUUCCCGCCAUUGCCGGUCUUGGCCAGGCUCUUGAACGAGAUCUACCACGAGAACGGCGGAAAGGAGUUCCUGCACGGAAGUAAGGCACAGUCGAUCGUGCCGGAGGCCUCGGAGAUGCCUGUGGCGCAGAUCCGCUUCACGCAGAACUCGGUGUCUGCGCGAUUUCUGCACGGCAAGAUGAAGGGCCGUCGGCUGCUAGAUGUGGUGAAAGAAUUGCUCGAGGGAAAGCUGAGCCCGGCAGAUUUGCAAGUUUCGGUGGUGAAGUUCAGGGAGGAGUAUUGGACCUUGAACAACCGCUCCCUCUACGUCCUCAACAAGGCUUCCCGGCAACUGCCGGGGCUCGCAGCCCGUGUGGCCAUCUUCCAGCUCUGCCCAGUCACUGCGAAAUUUCUUCAGCUCAGGUGCUCUUCCUUGGCGGAGGAGGCGGACGCUCCAGAGUCGGACUCCGAGGAGGACGCCCAGCCAGAGUUCAACGCUAAGGAUGAGGAACUGCUCCAAGGAGGUGCUGAGACAGCUGAUGGUUGAGCGCUGUGAGCGCCCGUGGCUGUGAGCGCUGGUGGAAAAGAGUUUCUGCGGGGCAGGAAGGCGGAAGGCGGAGCGAGGCUGACGGCUUGGAGAUAGUCGAACCAAAAUGUCCAGAAUCAAGAGCAAUAUGUCUCCACCCCAUAUUCACAUCUGCGGAUAUAUUUU